UUUUGAUCAGUCUCUUGUUAUCUUUGGAAAAAAUAAAGAGAGAGCUUGAUCAACAGAAAUAUAUAAAUGGAGAUUUCUGAAGAGAUGUUGAGCGCAAUCAUUCCGACAGUGGUGCACUGGGUGUUCGCUGGGAUAUACGGGUUAUUAGGAACAUAUCUCACACAGUACCGUUUACACCCAAAAGGUGAUGAAGAGAAGAACAACACUGUAUCCAAAAGAGCAGUGAUCAAAGGAGUCUUAAUCCAACAUGUCAUUCAAAUAGCAGUUCACUACAUGGCCGCAAAGGUUAGGGGUAACGAAGGAUUAGCAGCAAAGGAACAACAGCCUUCCCUAACGGUGGUGGCAGUGCAAUGGAUAAUUGCCAUGAUAGUCAUGGACACGUGGCAGUACUUUGUUCACAGAUUCAUUCACGUAAACAGGUUCUUAUACAGGCACAUCCAUGCAGCACACCAUGCUCAGAUAGUACCCUACGUGUAUGGAGCUCUCUAUGGGCAUCCUACAGAAUCCCUACUAAUGGACAUCAUUGGUGGUGCUUUGGCCUUCUUAAUCUCUGGCAUGACCACCAGAACCAGCAUCUUCUUCUUUUCUUUUGCAACAAUCAAAUCUUUGGACUUGCACUCUGGGCUAUAUAUCCCUUGGAAUCCCCUCCAAGCUUUGUUCUUUAAUAACUGUGCUUUUCAUGACACUCACCACCAACUCAAGGGUCACAGACAUAACUUCUCUCAACCAUUCUUCAUCUCAUGGGAUAAGAUCCUUGGGACUUACAUGCCAUACAGUGUUGAGGAGAGGACAGGUGGAGGUUUUGAAAUUAAGUUUCGCAAGGAUGCUUAGAGUUGCAUCGCUUGCAUGCAUGCCCAUGCAUCCGGCCAGUAUAUAUAUAUAUAUAUAUAUACAUAUAUAUUUGUAUCAUUAGUGUGAGA